UCAUGUGCUCACAAUCCCUGUUCCCUGCCGCUGAUAGGUACUGAACUCCUGUUCCCAUCACAGAACUCAGGUUCUGGGUCCCGCAGGGUGGCCACAACCUCCCAAACCUGAGACAAUGACUGUUCCCCGGACCAGAGAACACCUGUAUUGUCCCAAGAAAUGCUGAUUGUGAUCCAACAGUGGUUGUGUCUUGGGCCAACUCCUUUCGUGUACAUAAGUGGUCCCAGCAUCAUCAGCAUGAAUCUCUCCUUAGGAGGGGGCCUUCUACCUGCAUUCUGAAACUUAAUUAAGCUGUUUAUGUCCCUAUCGCCCUCUCUCCAGCCUGCUUUGUGGCUCCAGCACCCACAGGGUAGAGGCUGGUUCCAGGCCAGUUAUCUGCCCUUAGAAAAGUGGGUGUUCCUGAGGGUGGCAAUCACUCUGGUUAACAAGUAAUGAGAGAGAACCAUUUUAGAAGGAGAGGUGGACCUAUUUUAAGAGGGGCGGGGAGAGAUCACUUUGAUCAUAUCCUUUACUUCCAAAUCACCUCGAUACUUGGGCAAUCUAGUCAAAGAAUUAACCCCCACUAAAGCUGAGUUGAACAAGAUUGAGGAAAAAGCGAUCCACUUUUUUUUUUAUUAGUUAAUGGCUAACAGUAGAAAAUAAGAUUUCAGGGAGGAACAGAUUCCCAAUCUUAACAGUUACUUAUUUAAUAAUCAUUUCUCUCAUGACUCUGACCCAGUUUGGUUUUCUUGGCAGAUACUGGAGUGGUUUGCAAUUUCCUUUUCCAGCUCAUUUUACAGAUUACUAAUUGAGAGACAUAAGGGAAAGGAUUAGUGCAAUGGUAAAUUGUGAUUCUGUGAACUCUUGAUGAAAGUUUGUCUCUUCUAAAUGGACAAUAAACUGAGGCAAACGGGAUUCAGUGACUUGCUCAGGGUCAUACAGCUAGUAAGUGUCUGAGGCCAGAUUUGAACUCAGGAAGAUGAGUCUCCCUGACUCCGAACCCAACACUCUGUUCACUGUGUCAGAAAAUUGCACCCAGUAAAAUUCUGAGUGACCUCCAUAGAAUCUAAGUUCCUAAAGGACAAGGACUGGCUCACUUGUGGUGCAACGGGCAAAUGAAAACAACUUGUUCCAAGGUCCGUGAAGGAUGCUGAACCAGGUGCCGGGACAGAGCUUAGUCAGACAUCAAAGACACUAAGGUCAUCCCGGGCCAUGACCAGUUGUCCGAGUUCUGUCCUGCCCCUGGACUUCAGAUUCUGGAAGAGAGCAUGAGGCUGAGGACUUUGUACAACUCCGGCUUUCUUAAAUCCAAUUCACUCUCAAGCCAAGAUAUUAGCCCAGGUGUCUUUGGUUCUCUUAGAAAAUGAAAGAAGGGGAAUGCUAGGUGGUGCAAUGGAUAGAGCACCAGCAAAGAAAGAAAAAAGACAUCAAGAAAUCAAGAAAAAUGAAGGAACAACAACUUAGCAAAGCAUCUGACACAAAACAGACUGAAUAAACACUUGUUGCUUAAAUGACUGAGAGACAAAAAGAAGAAGGAAUCAUGCAAUGACAAAUUGUGAUUCUGCGAACCAUCGACAAAAGCUUGUCUCUUUCUCCUGAACGGACCAGCAUGUAUGGGUGGGUGUGAGUAUACACUGUCAGUCAUUAUCAAGGCAUUGAUCUGUCAGAUUUAGCUAUGCUUUAUUGUGAGAGCCAGCUCUGUGGAGGAGAAUCACUGGGAAGUGGCAAUAAUGUGAGAGAAAAAGAAAAUCAAUAAAAACAUUUCUUUCAUUUUAAAAAGGGCUUCGUAGGUUUCCAUUAUUAUUAUUAUUAUAUUAUUGCUAUCAUCACAUAGCUACAGAUGGAAUGGAGGUUAGACAUCAGGAAGGACUUCCUACGUUAUGACACAGAAGAGGCUCAGUGGGACUGACUGCUCUGGAGGGUGGAGGGCACUCUCAUCUGGUUGAGAUGAAUUUGUCAUUCCAGUCCAGACCAUCAUCCCAGAGACCCAAAGAGGCUCCAGGAAAAGGCCACAAGACUUUUGUAAGAGGGAAGAGUCUAUCCCCCACCUGCUCCAAACAGUAAUGUAGUCACAAUGAAUUAAUAGGUAUUAAACUAACAGUAAAGAUGCUCAAAGUCCUGAACCCUGUGUGAGGUUUAAACAAUCCUCUGAUUUAAUCGAGAACUUGUUGACGGAACCACCAAAAUAGCCUAUUCUGUAGGAACAUCAAAGAACUAAGCCCUGGCCUGAUUUCAGUAGUUCCUGAAAUGUAAGAGAUGGAAUGAGUUGCCUAUGGAAGAGAAACCUGCAGUAGGAGGAGGAGGAAGCUUCUCCCCUUUGGGGCUACGUGCCUUCUGGCAGGACGGUGUAGAAAGGAGAGAGACCAAUAGGAGAACCAGCAGAACACAUCGACAGUCUCCAGACAGACGUGGAUGGAGGGACCAUCCUUCUAAGAGGGAAGGAGUUCAAGCACUGUGAACCCUGGCAGCAGAGAAAAGAGACUGGGAGCCAAGUUAAAGCAGCCCGUCCUACCAGAACCCCCACAAACACAAGGAGCUGCGUGAGACUCUAUGAAGAGAAACGACGUCCAGCCCCCACAGCAUCACUCUACGUGUAACUGCUGCAGAGCUCCAAAGCAUGGAAGGCUGUGGUGAGGAGCAGGAGGAGGGUCUUAAAGCCCUGGCAGCUAUUCUCGAAGACAUUGGGGACAGCCAAAAAAGCAGCGAUGCGUCUUCCCUCUCCGAGGAAACCGGCUCGUCUGAAGAGGAAGAGGAGCUGGAAGAGCAAGGGGCCUGGGAGCAGGACCAGAAGAAGCUGUUGGAGCUAGAACAAGCCUCCCAGGCCCUGCUGGCCGAGCUGUCUGUCCUGGAGGCCGAGUGCCAGAUUGAGAGGUCCUGCAGGGAGCGGGCCGAGGAGUACGCUGCCCAGGUGAGGCAGGAGAAUACGGAGCUGAAGCGAUUAAGCGUCCUCCUCCUCCCCAGCCUGGGCCCGGAGCCUCUGCCCAUCCGCCAGGAGCAGGGCCCCCCCUCAGAGCCCAGCCUGAGCCCAGAACAGCAGCACAUCAGAGAUCUUGGGGCGCAGGUGACCGAACUCCUCCGAGAGAAGAAAGAACUGAGCCUUCAGGUGCAAGAGCUCCAGAGGCAGCUGAAGGAGCAGGAAGCCCAGAUCCAGAAGGAGCGGCUGGAGCAGCGCUCCCUGCAGGCGUCCGUGGGACAGUCUCAAAGAGCGCUGGCGAAGCUGAAGCGGGUGUCCCACCUGGUGCUGCAGGAGUGCGGGGAAGCCUUGCAGCAGCUUCACCUAGAACAAGACCUGCGCCAGCAAGCCGAGAGCUUCGCCCACAAGAUGCUGGUGGAGAAGAAGGAGGCCCACCGGCAGAGCGCCAUCCUCCUGCAGCACCACGCCCCCGGGGCCCAGCUGUCCGCGGCCCUGGAGGAGGCGGCCACCUUGGGCAGAGCCCUGGAGGAGGCAAAGCGCCAGCACGGGGAGCAGGUAGCGUCCUGGGAAGCGGAAGUGGGCUGCCUCCGGCUGCGGCUGAAGGAGACCGAAGAGAAGAACUCCCAGCUGGAGGCUCUGGUCUGUGCCCUGCAAGAAAGCGUGAAAAAGGCCGAGACCCCGCCCCAGGAGCCAGAGGCCCCGCCUCCUGCUCCACCCCCGCCGCCGCCCCCCCUGCCGCCGCCCUCUGCCCCCCCACUGGACCCCCUUCAAGCCAUCCGGAUGCGGCGAGCCCCGAAUUCCCAACCAGCCCCCGCAGCCCCCUCCCUGGAAGACAAGAAGGCGAAGGCGGUGCAGGAAAUGAUGGACAGGAUCCGUAAGGGAGUCGUGCUGAGACCGGCCGCCAGAAAGGACCCCGGUCAGGACCGAAGCAAGCGUAGGAGUGCUGCCAUCACAGAGCUACAGACCAUCCUGGCUUCCAAAUGCCGGCCCCUACACAGGGGCAGCAGAAGAAAGAAGAGCAGCCGGAAGGACCCCGACGGGCAGCUAGCGGCCAUCCUGCAGAGAAGGCGCCACCUGCUCGAUUCCACUUCGGGGGGAUCCCAGGAUGGUCUGGGGACAGGGGGCAGAGGCGUGGUCCCCAAGGCUGAGGUUCAGGACUCCAAGACCCAGGGUCAGCGUGAAGAUUGGAGUUCUGGGGACAGAGUCGUUCCGAGAGGCACGGCUGGGGCUAUUCCAGGAGGCCUUCCUGGAGCAGGUCAGAUGACCCCUUUACUUGGGCUAAAAAGCCAUCAGGGGACUGAACGACGCUUUGGCAGGGAGCCGUGGGAAUGCCCCCCGAGGCCAUCAGCAGCGGGUCAGGCCUCCAUCCCCCCGGCCCAGGUCAGCUUAAGGACCACAGCUCCGUCCAAGGCUUCUGUCCUGUGGGGCCAGCCCGAAAACCUAUAAGGAAAUCACGUUUCUUCCCCUAACCCCCUCACCUGACCAGAACAUCCCAGGGAGGACGUGACAGGAAGAGGAGACCAAGGAGCGCCUGACAACUCUCUGAGGGAGGAGGGAGGAGUAAGACUGAGGAAAAAAACUGAGACGUGGGAUUGAUCAUUUUCUCCUUCUCAGAAAACAAGGACUCGGACUUCAAAUGUCCCCAAUCCUCCGGCCUCCUCCACUCAAGGGUGAGCUUCACCACAGUCAAGGACACCGACCUCUCAAUGAUAUAAAAGAAACAUCACGUAAACCAUAAAACUCUGAAAACGGAAACAAUGACUGAGAUAUUGCACAUUUUGAGGUGCGGUGUUAGUAUUAUCGUCAGUCCUCAUUCGGUGAGUGCCGACUGUUACGGAACUCUAGGAUUACAGAAUAUGAGCAUUAGAAGAUGUCAGUAACCUCCUUGUCCAAUCCAUGCACAAAAGGAAGCCUUGCCCUGACAUAUAUAACAAGAGGUGGUCCACUUACCAGCGUGGAGACCCCUGAAGUAAAUCAGUCAACGACCCUUUAUUUUUUUAUUUUAUUUUUUCUUAGAGCUUUUUAUUGACAAGAUAUGUGCAUGGGUAAUUUUCCAGCACUGACCCUUGCAAUAGCAACUUUUCCCCUCCUUCCCCUCACCCCCUCCCCCAGAUGGCAGUAGUCCAAUACACUCAACAAGCCUUUAUUCAGUGUCUUCCAUGUGCUCCAUAUUGCGUUAAAUGCUAGGAAUAUAAAGAUCAAAGGGAAAGCAUCCCUGACCUCAGAGAGCUUAUAUGCUACCCCGGAAAGCAACACAGCCAAAAUAUAGACAGGCCACACAAUGUGAAGGUCGCGGAGGAUCUCAGCGGCCAUCCAGUCCAAGCCUGACCUAAGCGGGGGUUCCUCAGCAUCCACUGUUGGCGCAAUUCAUAAGCCUUUUAUGAGCACCUUCUGUGCGUCAGGCGCUGUGCUAGAGACUAAACAUACAGAGACAAAAAAAUAAAUGAAAUAAUCCUUAUCCCUAAGAAGUUUACUUUCCACUCGGUCAUCUAUUCUCCUACUCACGGGGAGAGGGCUUGGUAGAAAGAAGGUCAACAUAAUAAAAAUCCUCAUACCGUUAGGUUUGAGGUUGUGACUUUUUUCUUGCA